AUGACGACAGUUAAAAGUGUUCAAGAGGAAAUUUUGAAACCGUUACAGAGGCAUAAGCAGCUAACGGUUAAAGAAGCUGAAGAAAUAUCACUGGGACUAAUAGAUACUUUAUGUGAUUCUUACUGUCAAGAUGAAGCUACGUUGCAGUAUUUGUCGAUGUUCUUUACACCACAGUUGUACCAGGACCUACUUGAUGAGAGGAAUUUGAACAAAUGGUGUGGGUACCCCAUGUGUAGCAGAUCCCCUGAGAGGAUAAGAGAUCCAUUUGAGGUAGAUGAUAAUACAAAAAGAUUUCUUUGGGAGAAUAAUCCAUAUGCUUAUCUUUCCAUAUACUGCUCUAAAUUUCAUUUUAGGUGUUCGCAGUUCUAUCAAGUGCAAUUAUCAGAUGAAUCACUGUUCGCUAGAACAGGGAUCCAUUUGAUUAAUCAAUCAAGCUCAGAAUUGGAACGGUUGAAUGAAAAGUACGGCGUGACUCUUUUCGAACAGUUGUUAAGGGAAAAGGCAUCAGAAGAUGAUAUGAAGUCGUUGGUUGCAGGGUUAAGAAGGUUAGGUAUUAAAAAUGAUAAUGAUAAUGGGACAGAAAAAGGUGAUGAUCAGUUUGAAACUGACCUUUCCAAAUGGUUAUCAGAUAUAAAAAUUGUAGAACAUGAAGAACCAGAACUUUUAGGAGAUUUGGAAAAGGACGGUUAA